UUUGAAACGUUCUUUGUUACAGAAGAGGAAGAGGAACAGGUGCCUACCGAUGGAGGUACAUCUGCAGAGGCCAUGCAGGUGCCACUGGAAGAAGAGGGAGAUAUGGAAGAGGAUGAGGCCAUUAAUGAUGAGAACUACUUGAGCAAGAGACCAUUAGAAAGUCCUGAUGCUGAGGAAUUUCCUCCUGUGAAACGGCCAAAACUAUCUGUUUCCAAAGGGGACACCUUGGACGGAGCUUUGGAACCACGUGAGCCUCUUAGCUCAAUAAAUACUCAAAAAGUACCACCAAUGCUUUCUCCAGUUCAUGUUCAGGACAAUACAGACUUAGCCCCUCUUUCACCAGAACCACCAAUGUUGGCUCCCAUUGCAAAAUCGCAAGUGCCAACCCCUAAAACUUUAGAGGCAAAGCCAUUUGUACCCAAAACAAAGUCCAAAACAAGUUCUCCAGGACAGAAGACAAAAUCACCUAAAACGACACCCUCACCAGUGGUAGCUGGAAGUCCCAUACGUUCACCAAAAACUGGAUCCAAAGAAAAAAAGUCACCAGGUCGCGCCAAGAGCCCAAAAAGUCCUAAAAGUCCAAAGGUUCCUGCUCAUGUUCCCCAACCACCUGUCAAGCCUGAAACACCAAGUAGACCCCCUCUGGCUGCAUUAAGUGACAAGAUAGGAAAGGAAAACAUUCAAGUAAAACAAGGACAGAUGCCACCUGAGCCUGCCACCAAGCCAAAUAUUGAAAACCAGACUAAGAAAGUACCAGUAAUGGACAAGACCAUUGAUGAUUCAAUUGAUGCUGUCAUUGCUCGUGCAUGUGCAGAACGAGAACCGGAUCCCUUCGAGUUUUCCUCCGGUUCUGAAUCAGAGGGGGAGAUUUUUACUAGUCCUAAAAGACUUUCUAUUUCAGAGACUACAGCUCCUAAACCUUCUGUUUCUGCCAGUAAUGCAAAUAAGGCAGGAGCAACUCCAAUACCUCCCUCAGGUGGAACUUCAAGUUCAGACAUUUCAUGGACAAUGGAUGACUCAAUUGAUGAGGUCAUUCGAAAGGCAAACAUGGGGACACCUUCUAAUCCACCUACCAACUUCACUUAUUUCUCCUCUCCUUCCGCUUCACCGCCAACUCCAGAACCUCUUCUCAAAGUCUAUGAGGAGAAAACCAAGUUGGCUUCAUCAGUAGAAGUGAAAAAGAAGUUGAAAAAGGAGCUGAAGACAAAAAUGAAGAAGAAAGAAAAACAAAAGGAAAAAGAUAAAGAGAAAAACAAGGAGAAGAACAAGGAGAAGGAAAAGAACAAGGAGAAGGAUAAAGACAAGGAAGGAAACAAGGAAGCAAAAUUUCAGUGGAAGGAACUGCUCAAAGAUGAUGAUCUUGAUCCCUAUAAAUUCAAACUAAAGGACUUUGAGGAUGCUGACACAAAAGUAAAGUUGAAAGAUGGCAAUACCAAAAAAGAGAGAGAAAAACAUAAAGAUAAAAAGAAAGAGAAAGAGAAAGGCAAAAAAGACAAGGAUAGGAAAGACAAAGAGAAACUUAAAGAUAAGGGUAAGGAAGAUAAGAUAAAGGCUCCAUCGGCACCUCUUGUGUUACCUCCCAAAGAAAUGUCUUUGCCCUUGUUCAGCACACCAACUGCAAUGAGGCUUCCCAGCAUGUUACCUUCCUUGUCUCCAAUGCUUCCUGAAAAACUAUUUGAGGACAAAGAGAAACCAAAAGAGAAGAAGAAAGACAAAAAAGAGAAGAAGAAAAAGAAAGAAAGGGAGAAGGACAAAGAAAAGGAAAAGAAGGAGAAGGAAAAAGAAAGGAAAGAAAGAGAAAAGAAAGAGAAGGAAAAAGAGAAACACAAACAUGAAAAGAUAAAGGUGGAACCAGUUGUUCCGGCUCCAUCACCAGUUAUUCCUCGGCUGACGUUAAGAGUGGGAGCAGGCCAAGACAAGAUAGUCAUCAGCAAAGUGGUGCCAGCUCCAGAGGCCAAACCUGCUACUCCUGUGAGCCGGCCCAAAACACCUCCACCUGUGCCGUCACCGAUACCAGCUCCCGUUCAUGUCACCCCUCCUCCAGCUCCAGCUCCUCCUCCUCCACAGGCUACCGUCUCACCAGCCCUCAUCCCACCGCCCUCUCCAGCCGUCUCCGCGGCAGGAGGCUCCAAAGCUCCGGUUAGGAGCGUGGUGACCGAGACCGUCAGUACUUACGUGAUCCGAGAUGAGUGGGGUAACCAGAUCUGGAUCUGUCCUGGCUGUAACAAGCCAGAUGAUGGCAGUCCAAUGAUAGGUUGUGAUGGCUGCGAUGAUUGGUAUCACUGGCCUUGCGUUGGAAUUACGACUGCACCCCCAGAAGAGAUGCAAUGGUUCUGCUCCAAGUGUGCCAACAAAAAGAAGGAUAAAAAACACAAGAAGAGGAAGCACAGGGCACACUGAAGACUUUGCACUGGACUGAAGUCAUGCGGUCACCGCAACAUCUUCUGCCCUGACUCUGUCACAGGGAGGAUCCAUCCUGCUUGUGUCUCACCCUCCAUCACUGGCUGUUAGGGUUAUGACUCUGAAAUGAAUCAGGGGUGAGGAGAUGCUCUCUGUCAGGGGCUGUUGCGUUUUGCAGACCAUCCGAGCUCAGGGGGUUGGAAUUUGGUACAUUCUGAUGCUGUCUUUCACCUACCGAGGGAAAUUUGCACAGAGCGAUAUGAAGACUUUGGUAGUUCAUGGUACCGCUCCCACUCCUGUGGCUUGGCAGCAACAAAGAUGAAUGUUGUAAAUACAGAUAUCUGUCUUAUUCUUUCUCGAUUUGUUAUUAAUCCCUCUUGAACUUUUGCAGUAAGGUGCUGAGAGGAGAAGAAAAUGUAAAUUGCAGUAAAUUGUAAACUGAGGAGACCUUCUGGAAUGAUUUCUUUAGUCUGGAUACAGUUCAGCCUCUACUCCUGCUGAGCCAGAUACUCAUAAUAUGGAAAUAAAAAGUGGCUGGUAAAUAUUUUUGUGACGAGAAUAUACGAAGCUUUUUUCCUUGAUUUUUAGUACUAACAUAAAAUAAACACGUUCAAGCUUUUGUGAUA